AAAUGAGGCCUUUUCAUGUUAGAGGAACAGAUAGAGCAAUAAUGACAAUAAAAAUAAAUUAUGAUGGAGAUUUAUUCUUUACAGCAUCAUAGGAUGGUGGUAUAAAUUGUUGGUUAACAGAGAAUGGUGAAAGGUAUAUAAUUAGAUAAAUAAUAAAAUUUAGAUUAGGUAAUUAUAAAGCAAGUGGUGCUGUAAAGACAUUAGAUUUAACAGAUAAUAGUGAAUUAUUAGUUAGUGGUUCAUUAGAAGUAAAGAUUAAUAAUAAAAUAAAAAGGGUUCUGUUGAUUUCUUUUAAAUAAAUGGAGGAAAGAGUCUUGGUAAAUUAGUAGCUGAUAUGAGAAAAGCAAAAUGGGUAGAAUUUUCUUAUGGUGAUGAAUAUUUAAUAAUUGUAAUAAGUCUAUAUACAUAAUAUAUAGGUAUAUUAACCAAUGACUUCAUCUAUUAAUUAUGAGACUAGAAUAUUAAAGGUUUAAGAAAUAUUAGAUAAAAUAAAAUUAAGACAAUCAUAAGAUGUAUUAGAAAUAACGGAUACUCUUGUGACUCCAGAUAAAUUUAAGACUACUUAAGCAAGUUGGGGAUAUUUGAAUUAAUCAAUUAUAAUGGCAUCAACAGAAGGAGAAUUGUUAUUAUUAUCUUAUCCAUAAAGUAUAUUAAUUAAUCAUAAUUAUUAUUAGAACAAGAAAUUAGAAGAGUAUAAGUACAUGAUGGAGAAAUUAAACAAUUUACUUUUGCUAAAGAUUUUUCAAUUUUAGCUACUGCUGCUAAUGAUGGAUGUAAGAUCUUUGAUCCAACUACAUUAUAAUUAUUAAGAUAAUUUAAAUAUGAAGUACCUAUGAAUGCUGUUGCAAUUUCACCAUUAUUCAAUUCUGAUCAAAAACAAAAACCUCAUUUAAUAGUUGCUGGUGGUAUUCCUGCUAGAGAAACUGCCAGAACUAAAUUUUAAGGAUUUGAUAUACAUAUUUGUAAUGUUAUUUAUGAAGAAGAGGUUGGAAAAUUGUUAAGUAUAUACUUUUAUAUCUCUUUAAUAAGAUCCCAAUUAAAUUGGACCAAUCAAUGCAUUAGCAUUCUUCCCUGAUGGAAAAGGAUUUAUUACUGGAGAGGAAGGUGGAUAUUCAAGAGUUUAUAAAUUUGAUUAAACUUAUUGGGAAAAUGAUUUAUUCAAAUGA